AUGGACGGUGACGAUUUCGCCGGAAAGGCGGCUGCUGAAGCCAAAGGAUUGAACCCGGGACUUAUUGUGCUGCUUGUUGUCGGAGGUCCGCUCGUUGUGUUCCUAAUCGCCAACUACGUGCUCUACGUGUAUGCUCAGAAGAACCUACCUCCAAAGAAGAAGAAGCCUGUUUCCAAAAAGAAGCUCAAACGUGAGAAGCUGAAGCAAGGAGUCCCUGUCCCUGGAGAAUAA